AUGUCAGGUUUAACAGCUAAGAUCGAGACUCCCUCGAUUACCUACGAGCAACCGCUCGGCUUGUACAUUGAUGGCAAGUGGGUAAAAGGUACUGAGGGCAAGACCUUUGAGACCAUCAACCCAACCAACGAGAAGCCAAUCAUUGCUGUCCACGAAGCUGGCCCAGAUGAUGUCGAUAUUGCCGUCAAGGCUGCCCGAAAGGCCCUCAAUGGUGUCUGGGCUGAGACCCUCCCAUCUGCUCGAGGACAGAUGCUCACCAAGCUCGCCGACCUCUUCGACGAGCACGUCGACACCCUCGCUGCCAUCGAGUCCCUCGACAACGGCAAGGCUCUUUCCAUGGCCAAGGUUGACGUCGGCUUGUCCUCAGGCUGCUUGAGAUACUACGGUGGAUGGGCAGACAAGAUUCACGGAAAGGUCAUCGACACAGACCCAGAGUCCUUCAACUACACAAGACACGAGCCAGUCGGUGUCUGCGGUCAGAUCAUCCCAUGGAACUUCCCACUUCUCAUGUGGGCAUGGAAGAUUGGUCCCGCUUUGGCCACAGGUAACACUGUCGUCCUCAAGACCGCUGAGCAGACUCCUCUGUCCGCCCUGUACGCCGCUACCCUCGUCGAGAAGGCAGGUAUCCCAGCUGGUGUUGUCAACGUCAUCUCUGGUUUCGGUAAGACCGCUGGUGCUGCCAUUGCCUCGCAUAUGGACAUUGACAAGGUCGCCUUCACCGGCUCAACCGUCACUGGCCGAACCAUCCUCCAGGCCGCCGCCAAGUCCAACUUGAAGAAGGUCACCCUCGAGCUCGGUGGAAAGUCACCAAACAUUGUCUUCAACGACGCCAACAUCGAAGACGCCAUCUCAUGGGUCAACUUCGGUAUCUUCUUCAACCACGGCCAGUGCUGCUGCGCCGGCUCCCGAAUCUACGUCCAAUCCGGUAUCUACGACAAGUUCAUCGAGUCAUUCAAGGCCCGAACUGCCAAGAACGUCGUCGGCGACCCAUUCGCCGCUGAUACCUUCCAAGGCCCACAGGUCAGCAAGCUCCAAUACGACAGAAUCAUGAGCUACAUCCAGUCCGGCAAGGAGUCCGGUGCCAAGGUCGAGACCGGUGGUGAGCGACACGGUAACGAGGGCUACUUCAUCCAGCCAACCAUCUUCUCCGGCGUCAGCGAGGACAUGAAGAUCAUGCAAGAAGAGAUCUUCGGCCCCGUCUGCACCAUCAGCAAGUUCGAGACCGAAGACGAGGUCAUCAAGCGAGGUAACGAGACCACCUACGGUCUCGCCGCUGCCGUACACACAACCAACCUCAACACCGCCCUACGUGUCUCCAACGCCCUCAAGGCCGGUACCGUCUGGGUCAACUGCUACAACAUGCUCAGCUACCAGGUUCCAUUCGGUGGCUUCAAGGAGUCUGGAAUUGGCCGUGAACUAGGCAAGUACGCUCUGUCCAACUACACUCAAGUCAAGGCUGUAAGAAUGAGACUUGGUGGUGCUCUAUUCGGUUAA